AUGGUUGAUCAGGUCAUUCGUGACCAAUGCGAGUCGAAGAAAGACAUGCCGCCGCUGAGCAUUGACGCUUUUCUCACCAAGCUGCACACGACACAUUCGCAUUUGCAGAAGGCAGUUCUCACAGAGUUGACAUGCUCAGAAAAUGUUUGGAAAUGUACCCUGACAAGGUCAAAGGUUUCUUUCCAGCGACGUGCACAAGCCCCGGAGCGUGCGAAGAGGAGCAGCUCCAAGCAGAACGCAAAGCCACGAGCAACUGCUCUUCCUGUGCGGCCACGCUACACGAUGCUCCGGGCCUUGGACGACGAGGGCUUAGCAGGCUUGGAGACAGUGGGCGUGCAAGACGUGCGCAGGGUGCGCGAAGAUCUACUUAAGCUCCAAUUCCGUCGGCUGGACGCCAAGAGCGAAGGAUGCUUGCGUGCCCAUGUCUUGACGCAGCUGGGAGCACGCUUCGGAGAGACUCUCCUCGAGACCGAUGUGGCACGCUUGUGCCGGCAGAUUGAGGCCAAGGGCUCCUCGCCCACCUCGCCUGCCAGGUCCAGUCCGGGGGUCGACUUUGAGGGCUUCUGCUCCUUGAUGUCGCCCGAGGAGGAGGAAGAGGAGCUGAUGGAAGACUCGGCUCAAGAGACCCUCGCCGCCGUCAGGCGGGCGGUCCGAGCAGAAGCCAAAGAGAAGCUCCAAGGCGAGCAGGACCGGAAGCUUCAAACGAAUGCGCACCGGAUGAGAGGCAUCUGCGCUGUGUUCUUCGACGUCGUCUCGGUCCUGGUGAUUAUCGCUAAUGCCCUGGUCAUGGGCUUCAGCACCGACGUGUCACCUACGAGCUCCGGAUGGGAUGUGGCAGAACUAGGCUUCUUUGCAUACUACACCCUGGAGUACGUGAUCAAGCUGCGGCUACAGGGUUGCUUUGGAUAUUACUUCGGUGAGGAGGCUGCAUGGAACUGGUUCGACAAUGCCUGUUUAGUCGUAUCUUUUGUCGAACUUCUCGUGACCUACAUUGCGGACCCCACGCAGGAUGGGCAAGGAGGCUUCAUGUUGAUGCGGAUGCUACGUCUUGCCAGACUUGCUCGCCUGGUCAGGCUGAUGCGUUUCCGCAUGUUUCGAGAGCUGAAGCUGAUGGUGCUGGGCCUUUUCUCUGGGCUCCGUGCCCUCUGCUGGGCGAUUGUGCUGCUGAUGUUCAUCAUCUAUACGAUUGGGGUUCUCAUGCGGCUAGUGAGUGAUGUCGAGGAGUUUGGUAGCAUGCCGAGAUCGAUGUUCACCUUGUUCCGAUGUUUCGGACCUGAUGGCUGCGCAGCCUAUGACGGCACCCCACUGCCAGAGCGCCUGCGGCUCGAAUUGGGUAUGCCGUUCUUCGUGCUCUACAUUCUCACGACGAUGACCGUGGGAGUGGGCCUCUUCAAUCUGAUCAUGGCGGUGUUUCUGGACAAUGUGUUGAAGUCGCAAGGGCAACGCAAGAUGCGGGAGAUCGGCGACUCUUCAGCGGCUGUGUGCACAGACCUGCAGCUCCACAUUCGGCGGUUCUUGUGCGAGCCUGCCUCCGAGACUGAGCGGGGUCUCUUUGAUCGCUUAUCCGAGUCUGCACAGCAGAAGCUCGCGCAUGUCACUGAAGAGGGCUACUACCGAGAUCAGGCGACCAAGAAAAAAAUCGCGGAAGCCACGUACCAGAUCUUGCAGGAAGAUCAGGUCAGCAUCUCGAAAGACAUGUUCACGGUAUGGCUUCAGGAUCCCGAGUUUGUCACGAUGCUCGAGGAAGCUGAUGUGGACAUGUCCGACAAGUUUCGCAUGUUCGACAUCUUGGACGUUGACAUGGGUGGCGAGCUGUCGGCCGAUGAGCUCGUGACGGGGCUGAUGCAGUUGCGAGGUGACGUUUCGAAAGCGGACAUCGUGGCGAUCCAGCUGAAGGUGAGCCAUCUGACCUACGUGAUGGAAGAAAUUCAGGAAACCUUGAAGGACUUCUGUCCGGCGGUCAUGGCGCGCUUGCGCUGGGGAGAAGAUGACUUGGCGACCAAGUUGGCUGCUGUGGAGGCCUUGCGCACCCAAGGUCCCUGCGCAUUGCAGCAUGCUAUGGCAGUGGGCACGGCUCUGCUGGACGUGGACGAAGACGUGCGAGAGCUUGCAGCUCUGACGCUCUUGUCUGUGGAGUUUCCUGAUGGCGAGGCAUUGUCCCCGGCGUCAGAGAGUACCUCUCCCGAGGUGCAGAGUCCCUCGGAGAAGGCUCACACCAGUUCACAGAGAAGGGUUCGGGCGGUUCAGGGUUUGGGCAAUAGGUUGACGCAAGGUUAG